CAGGCGGCAGGGCGGAUGGACGGAGAGGAGACCCUCUGGGGGGCCAGCCCCGGGUGCCUGCAAUCCAGGAGGAUGGAGGCCUCGUGCUUGGAAUUAGCCCUGGAAGGAGAGCGGGCGUGCAAGGCGGGGGAUUUCCCUUCUGGAGCUGCCUUCUUCGAACACGCAGUCAAGGUGGGGACGGAGGACCUGAAGACGCUUAGUGCCAUUUACAGCCAACUGGGCAAUGCCUACUUCUAUCUGAAGGACUAUGCCAAAGCUUUGGAGUACCAUAAGCACGACCUCACGCUGGCCAGAACCAUCGGGGAUCGGAUCGGCGAGGGCAAAGCCAGCGGCAACCUUGGCAACACGCUGAAAAUCCUGGGUCAGUUCGACGAAGCCUUGGUUUGUUGCCAGAGGCAUCUGGACAUCUCUCAGGAGCAAGGAGACAAGGUGGGGGAGGCCCGAGCACUGUAUAACCUCGGCAAUGUCUACCAUGCCAAAGGCAAGGAGGCGUUGUGGACCCUGCCCCAGGAGGAACCAGGCCAGCUGCCCCAGGAGAUUCAAGAGGCUCUGCAAAAGGCAUCUGAAUUUUACAAGAGGAACCUUUCCCUCGUGAAGGAGUUGGCUGACAGAGCUGCACAAGGCAGGGCUUACGGGAACCUGGGCAAUGCCCAUUACCUGAUGGGCAACUUCAACAAAGCUAUCGUCUUCCAUAAGCAGCGGCUGAACAUCGCUAAGGAAUUUGGAGACCGCGCUGCCGAGAGGAGAGCGUACAGCAACUUGGCCAACGCUCACAUCUUCCUGGGGAGCUUCGAUAUUGCCGCAGAGUAUUACAAAAAAACCCUCCACCUCUCCAGGCAGCUGAAGGACCAAACAGUGGAAGCCCAGACAUGCUACAGUCUUGGAAACACCUACACCCUUCUUGAAGACUAUGACAAGGCUGUGGAGUACCACCUAAAGCACCUGGCCAUCGCCCAGGAACUUGGAGACAGAGUGGGAGAAGGAAGAGCGUGCUGGAGUUUGGAGAAUGCUUAUGUUUCGCUUGGGAAGUAUGAACAAGCCCUACACUUUGCAGAAAAACAUCUUGAAAUCUCCCAAGAGUUUGGGGACCCCUGGACUAGACAAUUGAUUGUUUGUUCCCAGAGAUGCUUCUUCAUGUUCCGUGUUGCCUCCUGUACCAUCAUGCCCAGUUCCGUUUUUCCUGAAAAUUGCAAGGAAUCCGGAGCCAGGCCAAAGUGGGCCCAAACAAACAGCAUGAGCAGCUUUGAGCUCCUGAGGUUCCCAUCUGAAAAGGACCAGAAUGGAGAGAACCUUCACUUAGGCGACCUUGAAAUAACUGGGAAAGAUUCCUUGCCUUUCUCUGCUAGCUCCCAUAAAUAUCGGCAAAACCCGUCAUUGUUGGAGAGUUAUAGUGAAUCUCCUCUGGAAGCCAGUGAUGUCCAAGUCCAGUUAUCCCAGCUGAAAACCAAGCGAGCCCCUUCCAGUGAGGACUGUUUCUUUGACCUCUUGAGCAAAUUCCAGAGCAACCGGAUGGAAGACCAGCGCUGCCCUUUGGAAGACUCCCAGAGAGACUCGGAUGAAGCAGCGGCUACCCCUGUCCCUGCCCGGGAAGAGGCACAAACUCAGUCCAUGGCCUCCCCGCAGACCGAGGAGCUCUUCGACCUCAUUGCCAGCUCCCAGAGCCGGCGGCUUGAUGACCAGCGGGCCAGCGUGGGGAAUCUUCCUGGGCUCCGCAUCACGCCCAGCAACCUGGGCCACCUUCGCAUGGACGGCGAGGCCCAAGAGCCUGGCGACGAAUUCUUCAACAUGCUGAUGAAAUGCCAGUCCUCCCGCCUGGAUGACCAGCGCUGUGCCCCACCCCAUUCCAUCCCCCGUGGUCCCACGGUGCCCGAUGAGGAUUUCUUCAGCCUCAUCCAGCGAGUCCAAGCCAAGCGCAUGGAUGAGCAGCGGGUGGACCUGGCUUCAGGAGAAGACGACCAAGCCAAGGAUUGAGCACCAGAUCACUAGCCAAGACCCAGCUUCAGUUAAGCCAGAACAAACGGCCAGCGAAGGGAAGGACUUCUGGAUGCUCCCAGCUGAAGAUCUGGGCCGUGGCACUCGGGGCAUUCUUGGGGUGGGGGGCAAUGCCUCCCUUCUGCACUUUCUCCCCCCGGAGAACAUGGCACUGGCAAGAGUGGCAAGCAGAAUGGGUGGGCGCUUCCGGCUGACCGAGGUGCCUGUGGGCCAACCGGGCAAGAGUGAGGCUUCUUUUCUGCUUGAACAUCGUCUAUGGAAACCAGGCUCAGGAACCGAGGAAGUGGGAGGUCUCCACCAAGGGGCCACACCCCCAAGGGGCUGCUGGAGGGGUCGACAGCCCCCCCCCCAAGUCAGAUUGAUUUAUGUCUCUGCCUCUUUAGGCCUGUAUCCCGUGCCAAAUCAUCAGCCCACUUGGGAAUAUGAGAAUUGGUGACAAUCGGUGACUCUGUGUGUGUGCGUGUGCGAACCUUGCUUUCAAAAUGUGCUUUUUGGUGCCCUUUUAUCUCAGGUGCAAUCUGAUGCUAGUUGGAAAGGUGCUAGGGAGGAGACAAGAGGGAAGCAAACACCCAGAACCAAGAUGUUUGGUUUCUGUUAGCCAAGGGAAAUUUGGGUGGAACACAUAAGUACAGGUGGCCUUUGACUUACGACCACAGCUGGGUUCAGAAUCAUGUCGGGUGGCCGUUUUGCUCAGCGACUGCAGUCGAGGCUGUCCCAGCUGUAGUGAUGUAAGUGCUUAUUAAGCAGAGCUGGGGUGGGGGAGAUCCAGUGCAGGCUGUAAUGGCUGUCCAGCAUGCAGAAAUCUUCUGCAGGCCAGGCCUGUGUUGGCUACAGGGCCCACUGGGGCACAGAAAUAUCCAUGGAGCCUCUGCCUGCCCCAUCAGCCCUUUGGCUGAUUACAGGAUCCAGUGCCACUUCUAAAUUGCUCCACACCAUUCAAAGUGGCAAUGAAGUCUAGUUCUAAGUCACUCGCUUUCAGUAUUCUGCAUCUCUCUAGAAAUACGGUAGAUGGGUGGGGGUAGUUGCCGCAGUUCUUAAGGUGGGAUGUGAUCACUGCUUGAGCCAUGGUGGUGCAGUGGUCAGUGUGCAGUACUGCAGGCUGCUUCCGCUGAGUGCCGUCUGCCUGCAAUUUGGCGGUUUGAAUCUCACCAGG